GUCUCUGCCCAGAGCUCUGGACCUUAGGUGAAGACAGGGACGAAGAUCCACCGGGACAUCAGAGCUUAGUUUUCACACUCCGCUCCUCUUCAGGACGACGGUCCAGUACAACGUGCAACGUCCUCGCUCCGUCCUCCCCUCACUGAGGACCAGACCCAGAUACUUCAACUUAGUGAUGGUGAACUGAAGCUUCAUGACGCUGUGAAACGGUCCAGCUUCAGAAAAGCUUCAUUUCCUGAUGCUUCAUGUCGACAGAGAUGAAACAGAGCAAACACAAACCAGCAUGAAGGAAACCAGGACUGUAUGUUUAUUCUGAGCAGACUUUAAUAAUAAUAUAAUAUAAUAUAGUAUAAUGAUUACUGUAAAAGCAAUCAAUAUACAGUAUGCUCCUAAAUAUAUAUCUCAGUUAUCUUCAAGCAUCUAAACUAAUGUUUCACCUCGGUGCUCGUGUUUUAGAGAAGAAGAAGAUCAAAGUGUCGUGAGCUGGAGAAGACUUAGUUUUUCACACUGGAUUCAUCAUAAAUACAAUCAAUCAAUCAGUCAAUCAGUCAUUCAGUCAAUUAAUCAAUCAGUCAAUCAGUUGAACUCUGACCUUGUGAGCGACAGGGUUCAGUCUGACUGAGGCAGCUCAAUAAAACCAUCCAGUGUGAUCACUCUCAAUGAUUGAUACAUUAUAUAUUAAUAUUUACACAUCAUCACUCACUCACCUGGAAGAUACAAGCCCGGACUGACUUGUUCCCCCAGUAAUGUUAUAACAUUAUGUAGAUGUGUUGUUACCAUGGUAACCUGGCAUUAAAUAUGAAAGUAUUGAAUAACAUGACACAAAUAUGAAGCUACACUUUACAACGAAGAGAUAAAGAUGAAAUUACUGAGAAAGUAAUAUUUAUAUAACGACAUUAUUAUUAUUAUUAUUAUUAUUAUUAUUAUGAUUAUUAUUGCGUGAUAAUACAACAUGCUGGCGACAUGUUACAUGGACACGAUGUGUCAGUAACCCUCUUCACAAUGAGCACAAACAUUCACCUGGACUCAAGGAUGAACUUAUUACAUUUUGGUGGUCAAAGGUCAAAGGUCAGUGUGACCUCACAAAACACUUUUUAGCCAUAACUGAAGACUUCACAAAGAAGGUGUAAGUGUAUCUGACUGUGCAUAAACAGGAUGUGACCUGAAGCUGGAACAUGUAUGAGUUAAACAUGACUCGUUGUUCAGAGGCAGGAACAGAAACUGGAGGCAGACAUUGAAAUAUCAAGCUCAGGUGCACAGGUGUGUCUGUGGUCAGCUUCUACUUUACUCUGCUGUGGUUUCAUCCUCGUGCUGCUCAGAGUGAGCUGCUGCGUUCGUCUGAGAAUCUGACGCGUCCGACUGAAAUCCCCCUUCAGUCCCACGGAUCCCUCCAGGUGUGACGCCGCUUCUUCAUCAACUUCAGUAUUUAACAGAAAAUAACCUCCGAGUCGACGUGAAGAGGACCAGGUUUGACGGUCAGUGUCAUUUGGCCAGUUCAGCAUAAUGUGAUAAAUUCAACACUGAGCCUGAGCUGACUGGGUGUCCAUAUACUUUUGGCCAUGUCGUGUAUGAUAUACAAGCAUCGGGACAGUGGCAUGGUCACAUGGAGCACAGCCAAUGAGGUGCUGAGGUCGUCAACAGGAAGUGGUGAAGCUGAAGGCGUCUCUCUGCUGCACAGACUGACGGUCAGUCGUCACGGAGACAACAUGAAGACUCCACCUGUCUCUCUGCUGCUCGGUGUGUGUGUGCUGCUGUCUGGACAGACUGUUUCUGCAGUCUCUCUGAAUGUCAGUCCAAACCUUCAGCAGUUCUUCAUUGAAGACUCAGUGUCUCUGAGUUGUAUUGGAGGAGGACAGACAGGUGGACAGACAGUUGGACAGACAGGAGGACAGACAGUCAAGAGGACCAGUGGAGGACAGACUGGUGACUGUGGUUCAGGAUUUGGGACCUCUGAUGGUUCCUCCUGCAGAGUCUCAGGUCUCUCCCAGUCAGACUCUGGAGUUUACUGGUGUGAGACCAGUUCAGGAGAGACGAGCCUCCAGGUCAACAUCAGUGUGACUCUUAAAGAUGGCCCUUUUAUUCUGGAGAUCCCUGCACUUCCUGUGAUGACAGGAAGUGAUGUCACUCUGCGCUGUAGAAACAAAGAUGGUUCCACACGUGCAGCUUAUUUCUUGAAGAACGGGAUCCACACAGGAGACAGAGUUAAAGUCCAGGAGUUGUCCAUCAGUAGAGUCCAAGAGUCUGAUGAAGGUUUCUACUCGUGUUCUACUGAUCUGUUUGGACCGUCUCCUCAGAGCUGGCUGAGGGUCAGAGCCCCUCCUCCUCCCCCCUCUGUGUCUGUGUCCAGACUCUUGUGCCAUCUAGUGGCCGUGUGUCCAUACUGCGUCUGCACUGUCCUCAUGGUGUCCAUGUGCUGCAGCAGGAAGACAGGACGCAGACCAGCUGUCUCCAUGGAGAUGACCCUGUGUGUCGAAGAGUAUGAUGACCUCACUGCUGAUGUCAUCACAGAGCGUGAGCUGUGAGCUGAAUAUGACUCACACAACAUAAACUGCUUCACCUGGUUCUCUCUACUUCCUGUUUCACCUGUAAUUAUCUUUUUAUUCCUCCACCUGGUGACGGUGCAGCAGCCAUUUUGUUUUCAGGUUGACUGUCCGUGUGUCUCAUUCUCGUGGACACGAUGUCUCAGUAAUGCCUCGACAGAACUUCAAAUUUGGUAAAAACUUUCACCUGGACUCGAGGACAAAGUGAUUCGAUUUUGGUGGCUAAAGGUGAAAGGUCACGGUGACCUAAGAAAAACACUUUUAUUUUAUCUGUUGCGGAGGCAGACAACCAGGUGAUGGUGGUUUCUACAUCGUUAUUUAAGUUUCUUUAUCAAUCAAUAAUCUGUCAGGUGGACUUUGUGUUUGUCUUCUAUGAACAGAUCGAUGAGUCUGUUGGAAAAAUGCUUCUGCUUCAAUAAAUGAUUCAAACAUGUUCAAACGUUUCAUGUCAGUCCAUUUACAAACUUCAGAGGUCGAACAGCUGAUGGUCCGAUGAGCGUUAAUUCUGUAAUCACGAUGUUUAUGAUCAGCAUCGUCACAUGAAGAACAUUUCUACAGUUCCCCUCAGUGGCUCCUCUGACCAUCAGCUCUGACUGUACGACUGAGACACUGAGCGUCACCACCUGUCACACAGACACCUCGGCUGUUUGUCCUCUCCAGGUGUUUGGAGAGGACAGGUCACCUGGAGGAGACAAACACCUGAGAAAAAUAUACAAAUGCAAACGUGAAAAACUACAAAGUAAAAGUGUGAGAUUGAAUCACAGAGAAAACGUGUGAAGACGAGACAUUCAAAGAAGACGAACAGUAUCUGAGGAGAAAAUGACACGAGGUGUGAA